AAUUGGUUUGGUUUUGGUUUUACAACACUCAAUUGAAAACCACUCUAUAAAAAGUUAAGUACAAUAUUACUACUGGGCAAAUCUUUGCUGUCUCACUAUGAUGAACACAUACUGUAUUUGUGUUUCCUCUUCAGGGUGGAAUGAAAGCUGUAAUAUGGACUGAUGUAUUUCAAGGAGUUGUUAUGUUAGGAGGCAUGAUAACAAUCAUUAUUGUUGGGACAGUUAAGGUUGGUAGUCUGGGCAAGGUGUUUGAUGUUGCUUACAAAGGACACAGACUUCAGUUAAAUUUCUCUGUAGAUCCAACUCGCCGAGACACAUUCUGGGCUUUUGUUAUUGGUGGUGCUUUUCAAAUGCUUCCAGUUUAUGCUACCAACCAGACCGCUGUCCAACGCUUCCUGACUUCCAAGUCUUUCAAGUCAGCGCAAAGGGCUGUCUGGAUGAAUCUGCCGCUCAACAUUUUCAGUACAACAAUAACAGUUUUAACAGGCCUGGUUAUCUAUGCAUUUUAUGCUUCUUGCGAUCCUAGAACCACUGGAGAGAUAUCCACAGAUGAUGAGGUACAUGUAAUUUUUUAUCUUUUUGAGCCCUCAAGGCAAGUAUUCUACAAGCUGUAGAAACUUGAGAAGAAAGCUUGUCAUGAUAAUUUUAUGUUAAAACCUUAUGCAUCUGUGAAAACGAUAAUGAUUAUUUUACUUGAAUGUUUCUUCAGUUGGGAAUUAAAAAUGCCAAAGAGUUAAUUCUAUAUGGAUUGACCUCAGGAGAAUUACUGCCAGGGACUCUCUCAUAAAAGUGGCAUGGGAAGUCUCAGAAAUUUUGAAAGGAAUCUCUAAAAGGCUAAAAUAACAGAUUGAAUCAGCAUUUUUGUUCCAUCAUUUUUAGAAUCUGCUAUUAACUACGUGUAAAAUUAAGCCAAGUUACACAAUUUACUGGCACAAUGAAUCAAACAGGGCUUUGAGAGAACACAGAUAACACAAGCUUCUGUUGGUCAAUUCAUUCUGUUUGUCAUUCAUUUACUGUUUUUAUAUGAAAAGGCCUCAAUUGUCAGAAGGGCAGUGGAACAAUAAUAAAUAAAUAUUAACCAAUCAUAUCACUUCCGGUACCUCAGUUAUUCUUAAUACAAUUAAUUAUCCAGCUGAGAGCUUAAGUUUCAAAGGUACAAGGAAAUUAAACACUCAAUGAGGUGUAGCGAAGCUGGGUAUCACUCAUAGAUUUACAAAUUGAGAAAUUAUUAUUUCAACUGGUAGUGAUACUCUUGCAAACGAUAUCCUAACUUUUUUGACAUAUGUUUACAUAGAAAAGGAAUCCAAGAUGGGUACUGAAUAAAUCAUAAAGACAUGCUUAAGCAUUGUAUUCAGUGGAAAAACAACAAUGGUGCAUAAACAAUCACAUUCUCCUAUUUGCAAUGGACUGUGACAAGUUGGGAAACAGCCACUUAAAUUAUAUAUUUGUGUUUAAAUGCUCCUUCAAACAUUCCAAGCUUAACCGUACAAGGAACUUAACCUGACCUUAACAUGUUUUGCAAUAAUUUUACAUGUCACGUCUGCUGAUAUUUAUUGAAUCCUUGAUGUUUAUUAUGUGUUGUGCAUAAGUUCACUGCAUGUAGUUUCAAGGAUGAAAGUUUUUUACAGAGGUUAUUUUAAAAAGAAUUGGUUGUACACUGUCAGCGGAAGGUUUCAAUAAAUCAAUAAUUCACAGCUUACAUGUAUAUCAGUGACAUCAUUAGCCACCUAGAAGAAACUAUUCUAAUAAUUGACAAGUGCUAAGUAAAUAAUUUUUUUUUUGCAUUCUUACAUUGUAUAAAAUCUCUGUCUCUUUCAUAUCAUUAUUUCCUUGCAAUACAGAUCUAUCAAUCCAUAAAUUUCUGGCAUCAGCACGAAAAAUUGGUGAAAAAUAUAACUUAUAAAUUCUAUGAAAACUUUGUCUUGCCAAUUCUUGUUCUGUAACCAAAUCCCAAAAAUGUGUAAUUGGUAUGAUGGC